AUGGGUGCUCAGGUUAUACUUGCUCCAUUUAGUCAAGCCACCCAGUUCUACCAUAGCCAGGAAGCCACCGAUAAGCACCGAUGGUGUCAAGCAGUGUUCAUGGUCCUUCCCCGAUUAGGCUUUGGAAUUGCCCCGUUUAUGAAAGAUAUCAUCUGGCCUAAAUAUGAAGCUGCCACAAAAAAGAGUCCUACCACUUCACCUCAGUCCCAAGGUGAUGAGUCGGAAGCUGGGAAUUUGAAGAGGAGGGAAUCGGUUCCUUAUUCUACGAGCGAUAGUGGUCAGUCUGGAGAUUUAUAA